UUACGCUACACAGCUGUUAUGCAGAACGCAUUUUUGUUAUUCAAAAUCAAAAAUAAAUAAAUCAAUUUUACCGAUAAUCAUUUAUAAUAUUGUAUAUUACUAAACUAAAAAAAUAUUCAGAAUGGGUCGCAGAUCCAUAAACACCACAAAAAGUGGGAAGUACAUGAAUCCCACUGACCAAGCCAGAAAAGAAGCCAGGAAACAGGAGUUAAAGAAGAAUAAGAAACAGAGGCAGAUGGUGAGAGCUGCUGUCCUUAAAGGAAAAGACCCUCAGCAAAUUUUAGAAGAAAUGGAAAAGAUUGACCAAAUGGAGUUCAAUGUUGACCAACCAUCACCCUUAAAUGAAAAAGUCCUAAAAGACAAGAGGAAAAAGUUAAAAGACACCCUUGACCGAGUCUUGGGUAUGUAUUAUAAAGAUGAUCCAGAUAAAUGGACUGAACUGAAAAAGAGACAGACUGAAUAUGAAUGUAAAAAAGCCAAGCUGGUGGCAUUUUUUGAUUCUGUGAAGUCAGCCCAAAGUGUUACAGUGGAUGAAAUUCCAUUGCCACAACUUCCUCAGCAGGCCACAGCAAACUCUAUACCACUUCCUACCUUGGAAAAUAAAAAACCUGAAGUACCAAUUUAUUCUAUUGCCACUGCAUUGAAAUUACAAGCUUUUGGACAACCAAUAAGAGAACCUCCUGGAUGUCCUCCAGGCCCACCACCAGAUUUGAAUGACAAUGGAGAAGUCAUAGAAUAUGCAUUCAAACAUGCUGAUAUGAUAGAAGAAGAUCGUAUUGUAGAAGACACCUCAAUAGAUGGAGAGAGUCUUACGGCACCAGAUGGACAGCAAGCCAGUAAACCUACAUCAUUACAACAAAAAAUGGUAGCAUUAUCAGGACAAAAUGUGGACGAGUUUAUCAAAGAAAUGGAAACAGUACAGAAAAAGUUGGAACAAAGGAAGGAGCAAGAUCAAACAAAAUUGGCAUCGCAAAUGGAGCAGCUUUUACCACCUGGCACAACAGAUUCACUGCCUAAUUUGGCCUCCAUACCGCCAACAAACCCUCCACCAAUUGUGCCACCUCCAUUGAUCUUUACUGGCCCUGGAAUAAGGUUGCCACCUGGUCCACCGCCUGGCAGACCACUUUUACCUCCAGGUCCUCCACCAGGACUUCCACCAAUCAGACUGUCAGUAGGUCCCAGGUUGAUUCGAAUUCCAGCGCCACCUUUAUUACCUAUUCCACAGGCGCAACCACAACCAGUACCACAGCUUAAGCCUAAUGUACUCACUGCAGGGCCACAAUUAAUUAACAGGUCUGAAUCCACAAAACAAGGUGCCACGAUUUCAGCGAAACCACAAAUAAGAAACCUCAGCGCCGAUGUCACGAGGUUCGUUCCUUCGGCUCUUAGGGUGAAGAGGGAGGAAAGGAAAAAUAAGCCAGUGACCACUCUCGUCAGGGAAUUAAAACAGAAAGAAAUGAAUUUGAAUAACCAUUUGGCGGCCGGUCAGCAUACUAAAGACGACGCUUAUAAGCAGUUUAUGGAAGAAAUGGAAAAUCUUAUGUAAAUUUACGUAAUAUCACAGAAUAAACGAUCUCACAGAAGCGAAGGCUUGCGUCGGCUCCUUUGAUAUCCGUGAACCAGUUUUUUAUAAGCCCAACUGACAGAUGCACCCGGCGCAAAUACACUGAGAUAUCUCGUAAAGUUGUAGUAAACGCAUACACCGAACGAAGUGCUUUUAUUUUUAAAAUCGAAAUGGUUAUAUCCAUAUAAUACGGGAGCAAACUACAAAAUUUAGUUACAUUUUAAAUAGGAUUUUUUUUGUUAAGGCUUAUAUUGGUCCUUGCUUUUUAGAAUAAUUAUAAUAAUUAUUAUUUUUAUAAAAAUUGUUAUUUGACAGUUUUGAUACACGAUAGAGGUGUAGGUUAGUAUACUUUUAAUUUGUUUUGGAAUGGAAUUUUUGUGUUUUUUUGUGGAAAGUUGUUUUAUUAUAAUGGUAAAUAAUAUUUGCCUUUAGUAAGGCACUAGCUGAGAAAAAGUCUCCUAUUUGUGUGAUGUUAAUAUGUUAAAAAUAUACAUAUACAUAUGUACAUAGGUAGGUAUUUUUAAAUUAAAUUUUAGCUGGAAGGUUUAUACGCAGGUAUGUUUUCUCGUAUGUUUUAAACACAACACAUUUAAGAGUAGGUAUCAUCGGCUUUUAUAUAUUUAUAUAUAAAAAGAUAUAUGUAUGUAUUAUUAUAUAUAUAUGUAGGUGCCACACAUACGUCCAUAUUUUAUAAAGGUAUUAUACGUUGUAUAGUCGCCGCCCAUUAUGAUAGUCUGGAACAAAAUAUAAGAUUUUUAAGGGUUUUACUACUACUAUAUUAUGCACUUGCAUGGGUAAACCAGUCCAUAAAAAGACAGAUAAUUGAAAAUUAAAGUCAUUAUUCUUUAUCACAUAAAAAUACUGUAUACCUAAAUCAACCUUAAUAUUUUUAUCUAUGUACAAUGUUCUGUACCUGCAUGUAUGUACUCAUACAUAGAUACAUAUGGUUUAGGCAUAUACAUAUAUGUUUAUUAAAUUAAAUAAUUUUUAUUCUGUAUUUAUUUGCAUGGCACGACAAAUUAAUUAGGGAAUAUUCUGAACUUUUCAAAGCUUUUAAACAACCAUAAUAAUAAUGAAUAAUACAUAAUAAUGUAACUUUUGUAUACCUACUUUAAUGAAAAUAAAAAACGGCAAAUUACAAAACAUCGCAAAUAUACACACUAACGCUCGUACUAAUACACUAAUUAUGACCCGAUACACCACGUGGGCGAUGACAGUUGUACCCGUUAGAAUGGAGGUAAAUGGGAGGAGCCUGAACGAAAAACCGGUUCGGUAAAAACGGCUAGCCUUCGCUUCUGUGAGAUCGUUUAUUCUGUGGUAAUAUAUUGGAGUUAAUUAUGGCGAAUAUAAAAAGUGAAGGAAGUGAUAUAAUAGAAAUUUGUCUAUUAAAGAUUUUCUGAUGGCAGUAAGAAAGUAAUUAUUUGGUUACAAUAUUUUAUUUUGUAAUUAGUGCUUUCUGAUCUUAAUAAUAUAAUAUCUAAAAGUAA